UGAAGCUGGCUAGCUUCAGCGAUGGAACUCGUCACAUUAGUCGCGGCAGUUCUGUGUUCUGCCGGCCCAGUGUUUUCUCGCAGUUUGAACCUUCCCGCCGUUUCUGACACCGACAGGGCGUGCAAGGACGCCCUCAGACCCGACAUUGUUGACAAUGAUCCUACGUACAUCCUGAGUCCAAACUUCGACGGCAUCAACAGAUAUCCUGCUGGUGCGUUGUGCAUAUGGACAUUGCGUGCUCCGCCAGGGAAGGUGAUCAAUUUGGCGUUCGAAGAGUUCUCGUUGCAAGACUCGCUGGACUGCGUCCGGGACCGAGUGGCCCUGUACGCCGGCGAGUGGCGGCCGCCGCCCCAGCACCGGCAGCAGUUGGCCGAGAAGCAGCAGAACGCGGUCGCGCUGGGCUCGGCGAUCGAGGAGCAGGGAUCGGCGGCCCUCCUGGCUCGCUGGUGUGGACCAUGGUUGCCACGCGACUACGCGCUUACGCCAAACGCCGCGGCCACGCUCGUCUUCUCCUCCGGAAGGCUGGGCACACCGGGACUGGGGUUCGUGGCACGCUACUACCUCAGCGACGCUCCCGUGAAAGAGCACUGCAAGGGAGAGGAGCUACGAUGCCGCAAUGGUCAAUGCGUGGGCGAACGCAAAAGGUGCGACAGGAAGGACGACUGCGGGGACGGAACAGACGAAGAAAAUUGUGGUGCCGAAGUCAACGGCAUCGGGUCGGAUACCUGUGGCCGACCCCUGGCGGAGCCCUUCAGCUUUCACGUCGAUGAGGACGCGUACAUUGUAGGCGGGAGGAAAGCGAAACCCGAGAGCUGGCCUUGGCAGGCAUCGCUGAAGCUGGCAGAGGACCCCGUGUACGGACACAAGUGCGGCGCCACCCUCGUCGACAGGCUGUGGCUGGUAUCGGCGGCACAUUGUUUCCGCACGUGGGGAGAGCCGUCGGAUUGGGUCGUUUACGUUGGAAAGUACAACCUCUUUGAGGAAGAAUCAACGCAGCAGCUGCGCUACGUAGAGUCUAUCUUCAUUCAUCCUGGCUACCAGAUGGCUGUAAAACCCGUGCUGGUCGAAAACCGCAAAGAUCACGACAUAGCGUUGAUCAAGCUCAACGCACCGGUGACGCUCAAUGGACAGGUGCAGCCAAUAUGCUUGCAGGAGCUACCCGACCUCGCCGAUAACACGACGUGCUACGUCACAGGGUGGGGUGCGACCCGCGAGGCCGAGAUGAGCCCCGUGCUGAAGCAGGCCGCCGUGCUGGUGCUUCCACUGGACGAGUGUGCCAGCUAUUACAACGGUACUUGCGUGAUCAACCAGCUCAUGUACUGCGCGGGCUACGAGGACGGCCGACACGACUCUUGCCACGGUGACAGCGGAGGGCCCCUGGUGGUCAAACAGGGAGGCAGUUGGCAACUGGCCGGUGUCAUCUCGGGUGGACUCCGAUGCGGCGAGCCGCGACACCCAGGCAUCUACACCAAAGUGACACCUCACUACUCUUGGAUACGCGACGUCAUAGCAGGAAACGUUACGCACUCCUGACGUCACUCUCGCCGGAACGUUGGACGGUGCAUAGAGAGCAAGAGUUAGGACCGAGCAACGAAUCGUGCACGCGUUUGAUAACGCAAGCAUCGCACCCGUGGUUUACUUGUUAUACAAGGACGUACACAGCACAGUAAAAACAUCAACGAAAAAAGCUUA